AUGAAUAGGCCUCGCAACCGCCAGCCUCGACCCUCGGGGCAAAAUGAGUCUCGGGGAAGAGGGAGAGGGAGAGGAGGAGGAAGAGGAAGAGGAAGAGGAGGAGGAGGAGGAGGAGGAGGAGGAAGAGGAGGAUCGUCCAACUUGGGACGUCGAGCACCUGGAACGCCGCAACAAGCUGCCGGCACCGUCCCGACCUCUAAGCAGGUUGUAGCUGGUACUGCUGUUUUCAUCAUCUUAAAGCAAGAUCAGCCAACGGGCCAGGAAACUCGGGGGAUCGUGCAGGAUGUUCUCACAUCAGGAGACCAUCCUCGCGGGAUCAAAGUUAGGCUGCGCGAUGGUCAAGUCGGCAGAGUGCAGAGACUUGAUGACGGGUCUUCUCAGCCAUCAGCCGGAACAGCACCGGCUUCCAAUGCCUCGAGCUCGCGAUUCAGCAGCCGAUACACAGAUAUCAGGAAUGACGAGGACUUUGAUUAUCUGGAGGGACCGCCGCCGAGGAGUUUAGCAGAUUUCAUGCCGGGCUUGGAUGAGCCUGCGGCCGAUGUAUCUUCCAGCGAAGCUGGCGGUGCUCGCAUUGUCGAGGACGUGGUUGUCUGUCCAAUUUGCGAGGCAUUUGAGGGGGAUGAGGCUGCUGUUACGCAUCAUCUCGAUCGAGAGCACCUGAGUUGA